AUGGCAGCGCCUGUCGUGCUCGCCUAUCUCGUCGUCCUCAGCACCGUCGUGCUCACGCUCGAGAUCCACCGCCACCGUCUCCUCGCUCGUGCGCUCGGCGCCCUCGUCAUGCUCAUUGCGUUCGCGCUCCUCCCGCCGCUCGAGCUCCAGCUCAAAGCCGCGUGCUGUGCCAUUGUGUACCACGGCAUAACAGAAGGGCUGCGCCAAUGGACGCACGACUUUCCUUGCGUCUUUGAGCGCCAUCACGAGCAGAAACUGCUGUUGUGGCUCUUGUUUUGGGCGCGCGUGGUCUUAUGGGGUGCUACUCUCGCAGGACUCGCGGUCUCUCGGACCUUAUUCACGCCCAGCACGGCCCAAAAGAGACCGGACAUAUCGUCGCAUUUUGACUGGCUAGAAAUCGUCGCUUUAGCUCUCUAUUACGAAGUUGUAGAAGUCCUGGUGAUGCUUUACUUUGCAGACGAUGAGCUGUCGUAUACGUGGCCUGGGAACCGCGCUGGCAAUUGGCUAGCAGCUGUGCUCGUGAGUGCUUUGGAGAGCUCGGAAAGACUGGAUGAAGUGGUACAAGGGCCGUUGGUGGCUGGUACCUCGCCGCUCGCUCUGGUGGCAGUGCUGCUGCUGGUCAUGUGGUUGACGGUUGUGAUUCGAUGGGAUGCAAUUGCAGCUGCCAGUGGUAGGCUACGCUUUUUUCAGCUGAAGAUGAAGAAACGAACGUGCAGCUCGAAGCGGGUUAUAGAAGCAAUCAGCGAUGAUGUUGUGGAGUUGGUUCUGGAGCGCACGCUGGAGCUAGCAAGCGAGGACUUGUGCUUUUCGGAUGGAGGUGGCUACAGUAUGGAGCCUCUCGCACUUGAGUUUGAUUUGAUAUUUAUCAGUUAA